AGCGAGUCACUGACCCGGAAACCGGCUGCUGGAGGAGGCGCUGGAAGUGCUGCUGUCGUCGAGGCGCUUGGCUGUGUCAAGAUGGCGGCGGCAGCGGCGGUCGAGGCCAACAUCGAAUAUUCGAAGAGGCUGCAGAGCCGUUUGGAGCGCGUGAGCCAGCUGGCCGAGUUCGCGCGCGACUGCGGCCGCUCCAUCAGCGGCGUCCUGACAGAGCUGGGCUGGAGCGGAGAGAGGGAGGGCCUGGGCCUGGGCCUCCCGCCACCACCACCCGGACCCGGGGCAGAGCCGCCUGAUCCAGUGGUUACUUGUCCGUUCGAUGUGGAUCAUAGGCUUCCGAAAUCAUCGCUGGAAAAGCAUGUUGCAUCGUGCAGACUGAGAAAGCUGGAAUAUUCUAGAGAAGAAGAGGCUGAAAUGUGUGAUCCCUUGUUCGCCUAUGAGAAAACUGUGGUACCAACAUUUAAAAUGGAUAAAGAUUUGCAGGCUCAGAUAAUUCAACAAGCAAAAAGUAAAGCUCCACUUGGAAAAGAAGAAAGAGUGUUUUCUCAAGGUGAUUAUUCGUCAGUACCUCGUGAAGUUCCUGAGAAUCAUAAACGUUUCAUCUGUGACCUAACUCCUGCGGAUCGCCUAGCUAUCUACGAACAUGUUGUCAAAGAAACCAGUCAGCAAAGAAUUAAAUCUAUUGAAAAUGAUGGUGAUUUGUAUGUGGACCUUGCUGCAAAACUCAGCCGAGAUGAUGAACAGAAAGGACCAAAGUCACACCUUGAAAUUCUUGCUGAAAUGAGAGAUUACAAACGCCGUCGCCAAUCUUACCGAGCCAAGAAUGUUCACAUAACAAAGAAAUCUUACACAGAGAUAAUUAAGGAUGUUAUUAGUGUACAUAUGGAAGAACUGUCAAGACAGUGGAAAGGCCAGAAUGACGAUGGUAACACUGAAGAAUAUGAUGAUCAGAACUCUUCAUUAUCUUUGAAAGGCUCUACAAUUUCUCGCAGAAGAAGAUCUGGUGAUAAAAGGUCUCCUUCAACGGAAUCUCAAUCUACUGGAAGCAGUAAAACUGUAGAUGAUGACAGACAGAGAAAGAACCGCAGCCAAAGUCCACAUGAACGGAAAAGAAGUCCGGAUUGGGAUAAAGAAAGAGAUUCGAGGAAAAGACGAGAGAAAGAGCAUCAUUCUCGAGAUGUGGAUCGGCAUCGAAGUUACAGACGGCGGAAAUAAACCAGAAUGAGGAGCUGGAAUAAAACCUGUAAAAGAAUCUAUAAGGACUGUUUACAAAGACUGAUUUUUUUUUUUAAAACUGCAACCUUAAAUGAAGUCUACAGCUGUUGACACAAAUGAAAAUUAUUAAACUCCCAGUUGAAUAUCACAAUAAAUAUCAUCUGAAUACAA